AUGGCUGGUAAAAGUCUCUUUCGUGAUGAUGUUCCAGAAGUCGUGAUCAAGAGCAUUUUCAGAAAAUACGACUUGGAUAACAGUGGAUGCUUAGAGAAAACCGAGAUUUUAGCGAUGCUGCGAGACAUGGGAUUGGACGAGAAGCAGGCAGAAGUUUGUUUUUUGCUUGUCGAUAAAGACGGAAAUAUGAAAGUCUCUCUUACAGAGUUUUUACUGUGGUUUCGUGCCGGCGAAGGUUUCAAUGUGAUCGACGACCGAAACCGAUACGCUUACGUCCGAAGAGUUGCCGACGAAUUUCUAAAGUACGAUAGAGACGCGAGUGGAGUGAUCGACAGGAGAGAGUUUCGAGCUUUGUUGGCUUCUGGAAGCAAGGAAUGGAACCUAUGCAGCGAGGAGCAGAUCGCCAUCGCUCUCAAAAGUGUGGACAAAGAUGGCAAUGGAACUGUCUCCUUCUCCGAAUUUUUGGCUUGGAUAGACAGGGAAAACGCAAAUAAAUGCAGAAAAUAA